AUGGCCGGUGGAACAAGUAACAAACCAGCAUCGCAGUUGAUGGCUGAAGCAAAUAAGAAAGCCAAAUCAGCAGGCGGACUCCUCAGUCGUAUCAUGGGUGCUGGUAGUUCAGCUACCGAAGAUGCACGCGCACUCUAUGUUCAAGCUGGCAAUGCGGGAAAAGCUGAAGGUGAUUAUCCGACGUCGGUUGAAGCUUACAAGCGUGCAUUAGAUAUGAGCACUGAAGAUUACGAAAAAGCUCAAAUGUAUGAAGCAAUUGCAUCGUCGUACAAAAUGUUUGAUGUUCCACAAGCGAUUCACCCGUUGACUCGUGCCGCUGAAACGCAUAUGUCUCAAGGUAAAUGGACCAUGGCUGCUCAAACACUAGAGAAGGUUGCUGAACUGUACGAGCAAUUGAAUGAUCUUGACAAUAUGAUGAAAUGUUUGAAAGAAGCACAUCGAUUUCUGAAGCAAGAAGGACAAAAGGCAGGUGCCAAUCGAGUGCAAAAGAAAAUGGCUGAAACACUCGCACUGCAACAUGAGUAUAUACGAGCACAACAAGAAUACGAAGAAAUGGCUGAUAAAACUAAAGAUGAUCCAUUGUUGAAAUAUGGUGCUAAAGAUUAUUGGUUAAGAGCGUCAGUGUGUGCGUUGUGUAUUGAUGUUGAAAAUGCCAAUACUGCAUUGAAUCGUUAUUUAAGUGAUAAUCCGUUAUUCGAAGAACGUUCUUUGGAAGUGAAAUUACUCCGGCAAUUAAUUGCUGCCGUUGAAGAACAAAACAAAGAAGCCUUUUUGAAACAUAUCGAAGAUACACCAUUAUCACCAUUACGUUCAGAUCGUGUCUUUCGUUCUUUAGCGGACGAUAUUGCUAAGAAAAUUAAUGGUGAUGUUGAUCUUAAAUAA